AUGGCAUUUGACAGUGAUGAUGCUGAUGGUACCACUCGGGGCAACGACGAUUGGGAACUCACGGCCAGAAGCGGCUCCGAGGACGGCGCCGUCGCGAAGGGGAAGGUGGAGGACGAGGAUCUAUUGGAUCGGGAACCGACACCAAAGCUGCGUUACUGGUUCACAGACGCGGCGGUCGUAGGCGGAGCAGCUGCAAGAAAGAACGCGACGAACGACGAGGUGAUAGCAAGCAGCGUGGAGGACGACGCUGCCGUGAAGGGGAGGCAGAGAACGUUUGCAACCCUUGUUGAUGGAGCAACCGUGGCGAACGCAGAUCUUCGGGCAAGAGCGGCGAUGAUACGGAGGCCACCACCAAAGCCACCGCAUCUGAACUCGCAAGCGGCGGUCACGGGCGGAACGGCCGCGAGUGGCAAUUGGUUCUUGGCUCUUCAUCUGCAUCCUCCUACCUUGAGUGAACGCAGGGGAUUUCGUGGUCGGGGAGAACGUGGGGGCUUUCGUGGCAGAGGUGAUCGUGGUGGGUUUGGUGGCAGAGGUAGAUCAGAUGGGGAAUGUUCUGGUGGCAGAUGGGGAUCAGAGAGAGGAGAUCGUGGUGGGUUUGGUGGUUCUAGUGGCAGAUGGGAAGCAGGGAGAGGAGAUCGUGGUGGGUUUGGUGGCAGAGAUAGAUCAGAUAGGGAAGGUUCUGGUGGCAGAUGGGGAUCAGAGAGAGGAGAUCGUGGUGGGUUUGGUGGUUCUGGUGGUAGAUGGGGAGCAGGGAGAGGAGAUCGUAGUGGGUUUGGUGGCAAAGGUAGAUCAAAUGAAAAAGGUUCUGGUGGCAGAUGGGGAUCAGAGAGAGGAUUUGGGGGCCGAGGCCGUGGAAGGAGUGACCAAUCUAGAGGUUGGAGCAGUAGAAGGGAUUCUGGUGGGGAUGGUUCUUCUGACUAG